UUGAGGUGGUGGUGAGAAACUAGUCCAAGUGUAAAGUAUUACUGAGUUACUAAAAUGGGAAAAUGAAUUUCCUUAUUAGUUACUCUUGAAAACGUGUUGAACAUUCUAAAUCAGACUUUAGAUCUUACAUUUGGCACUUUACUUAGUUUUUGAGAGUCCAUUGGCUUACACCCCUUAGUCUCUUUUACAUUAUAUAAAGUGGUCUUUCCAAGUCUUUGAACCAUCAUUGAAGCACUUCAAGUCUCUUUUAUAACAACAUUUGAUUUCAGAAUCAAGACAUAUCUUUCUUCUUGGGAUAUUUUCCUUGUCUAAAAGUUAGUGGAAAAUCCUUGAGGUUUCAUACUGCUGGAAAAGAUGGUGAAGAUCUGUUGCAUCGGAGCGGGAUAUGUUGGUGGACCAACUAUGGCAGUCAUUGCCCUAAAAUGUCCCUCAAUUGAAGUGGCUGUUGUUGAUAUCUCUGUUUCCCGAAUCACAGCCUGGAAUAGCGAUCAGCUGCCUAUCUAUGAGCCUGGCCUUGAUGACGUAGUGAAACAAUGCAGAGGAAAGAAUCUUUUCUUCAGCACUGAAGUAGAGAAACAUGUCUCGGAAGCUGACAUCAUCUUUGUGUCGGUUAACACCCCAACGAAAACUCGAGGACUUGGGGCUGGAAAAGCUGCUGACCUUACAUACUGGGAGAGUGCUGCUCGAAUGAUAGCAGAUGUAUCCAAGAACGAUAAGAUAGUUGUUGAGAAAUCAACUGUUCCGGUUAAAACAGCUGAAGCAAUUGAGAAAAUUCUCACGCAUAACAGCAAGGGAAUUAACUAUCAGAUCCUUUCGAACCCCGAAUUUCUUGCUGAGGGAACUGCAAUUCAGGAUCUUUUUCAUCCAGAUCGCGUUCUAAUUGGAGGAAGAGACACCCCUGAAGGGCAAAAGGCAAUCCAGACCCUAAAAGAAGUUUAUGCACAUUGGGUGCCCGAAGACAGAAUCAUCUGCACCAAUCUCUGGUCAGCCGAGCUGUCAAAGCUCGCUGCCAAUGCCUUCUUGGCUCAGAGGAUUUCAUCUGUUAAUGCCAUGUCAGCACUUUGUGAAGCUACUGGAGCUGAUGUUACACAGGUGUCUAAUGCUGUUGGUAAGGACACCCGAAUUGGACCAAAAUUCCUCAAUGCUAGUGUUGGUUUUGGUGGUUCUUGUUUUCAGAAGGAUAUCCUUAACUUGGUUUACAUAUGUGAAUGCAAUGGCCUCACAGAAGUUGCCAAUUACUGGAAACAAGUAAUUAAGGUGAAUGACUACCAAAAGAACCGCUUUGUUAACCGAAUGGUUGCCUCAAUGUUUAACACAGUUUCUGGAAAGAAGGUUGCUGUUCUUGGAUUUGCCUUCAAGAAAGACACAGGUGACACUAGGGAAACUCCUGCAAUUGAUGUCUGCAAAGGCUUGUUGGGAGACAAUGCUCGCUUGAGCAUAUACGAUCCACAGGUCACUCAGGAACAAAUACAAAGGGAUCUCUCCAUGAAAAAGUUCGACUGGGAUCAUCCAACUCACCUCCAGCCAAUGAGCCCUGCUGGAGUGAAGCAAGUUAACGUGGUCUGGGAUGCUUAUGAGGCAACAAAAGAUGCCCACGGUGUCUGCAUUCUCACUGAGUGGGAUGAAUUCAAAACGCUUGAUUUCAAGAGGAUUUAUGACAACAUGCAAAAGCCUGCAUUCGUGUUUGAUGGGAGGAACGUUGUUGAUGCAGAGAAGCUCAGAGAAAUCGGGUUCAUUGUCUACUCCAUUGGGAAACCUUUGGAUGCAUGGCUCAAGGAUAUGCCAGCUGUGGCAUAAGAAACUUCAGAAGCACUAGAAAUGAGAGGAAGAUCCAAUUCUUUCAAUUCUUUUUUCCCCCAGUCAGGCCUUAAACUACUUAUUUCCAAUUAGCAUGGUUGAACAUAUGUAUCUCUUUAUUAUUUCUCUUUCAUUACAAAUUGUUGUUUGCCCAACUCAUGAUAUAAUCACCCUAUAGUACAAUAAUAAAAAGCACUUUGUUUUUGGUCA